ACAAACAGCAGCACUGCUUUCUUCUGUCACUAAUGCUACGCUGAUCCCUGCUCCUCGACCAUCUGCUCCAAAAAGCCAAAAGGUUUGGAUUUUCUGCAGCGGUCUGUGAUGGUUGGGAGAUGCUGCGGCUCUUGGUGCUCUGUGUGUUUGUAGCCAUCUUCAGCUACGUUUCUGUUUCUAUAGAGGUUUGCACCAGCGCCUUGAUACCCGGAGCUAAAGGAGACCAAGGUGAGAUUGGAGAUGAUGGAGAUCAGGGGAAGCUGGGGAAGAAUGGACCACCAGGACUUCCAGGAGUGCCGGGGGAGCCGGGCCUUAAAGGAGAAUUGGGCCACACAGGAAAGAUUGGGCCUACUGGAGACAGAGGUGACAAGGGUGAUAAAGGUUUAGAUGGACCAGCUGGUUUAAAAGGGAAACAAGACACUAGACGAUGUCUUACCUCCGACCAUUUAAUAGAAGGAACUGAGACAGGAGGUCUUUGUGAAAGAGCUUGUAUCAAGUCUGGAGUGGUUCUAGGCUUGAGAGAAACAGAAGAGAGGUACUACCUGCUGGUGAAGGAGCCCAAGAGGUUUAGAGAGGCUUUAAUGAACUGCAAGCUCAGAGGAGGCACCCUGGCCAUGCCCAAAAGCACCAACACCAACCGUCUCAUGGCAGACUAUGUUAGUCAGGCAGGACUGACACGAGUGUAUAUAGGAGUGCAGACUCAAACCAAGGAUGUGGACGGGAGCAGUCAUGUUUAUGCAGACUCCACCCCUCUGCAGGGUUUUGCAUCUUGGAGCCAAGAGGAGGAGCUACAGCCCAACACAAACUCCAGCUGCGUGGAGCUGCUCAGCACUGGAACGUGGGCUCACGUGGAGUGUGAAGCCACCAUGUUUUUCAUCUGUGAGUUCCCGAAGAGCAGGAGAAGAGGAGGAGGAAGAGAGCCAGGUGCCUCGGCAUCAUCGUGACCUUGACCACUCGCUGCACAUGUCAAGACAAGGAACAGACUCCUGAAAAAAAACAUUUAUAUUUCACAUUUCCUGCAAAUGUGCAGACAAUUUCAGUUUGAUUGACACUACUGUGUUCACGUAUUUCAGUAAGAACCAUUACCACCAACAAAUCAGUAAAAAUUGUUCUAAAAUUAAGUAAAA